AUGGAGGAAAUACGGGCUUCAACUUACCUUACCAUCGUCUGUUUGGCAUUCGUCACGUGGGGUUGUGUAGUGGGAAUCCAAUUCUGUCCAAAAGAAUUACCCACAAAAUGUUUCUGCAAUAAAGCUCUUACCAGCGUUAAUUGCGAGGGAUUACAUCUAUAUGAUAUACCAGCUGGCAUACCCAAUUCUACCGAAAAACUGUAUCUGACCCAUAACUUAAUAGACGUACUAAAUAGCCAACUCUUUGGUUUUCUGCCAAAUCUCAAGGAGCUAUAUCUCCAAAACAACAAGAUUAUAAAGCUCCAAAAGUAUGCCUUUCAUGGACAGUAUACUCCCAAUAUAAAUUUGCUUCGUUUGGACAACAAUGCCAUCACUUCUCUGGACAGGUGGUCGUUCUAUAACCUAACAACUCUCGAGACACUAUACCUCGGAAAUAACUAUAUCAAUGUAAUUGAUGAGAACGCUUUUGUCGGAUGCACCAGUGUCGCGUUUGUUGUUCUGGACAGUAACAAACUGACUAAGGUUCCCCCACUGGGGGCACUUCGCGGACUACAAAGUCUUUAUAUCCAAGCCAACGUCAUCAACAAUUCCACUAUUCCUGUCCAGUACAGGAAUCUCACUCAACUGAAGAACAUUGGUCUCAGCAACAACUUCAUCACUACCCUAGAAAACAAAACGUUUGAAGCUUUGGACACAACAAGCGUCAUCAAGCUAGAAUUGUCAAGAAACAACAUCAACAAUAUAUCUCGCCAUGCUUUUGCUCCACUGAAUAAGAUUCAGUCUCUGAAGCUAGGCAGAAAUCCAAUAACGGCUUCAGUACUUGAAAGUGCACUCGUUGGUCUGCAAGGAAAACCUCUUCGUUCCUUGAAUAUCGCUAACUUGACACUGGAAGGAUUUAUCCCCAAUGCAACUUUCCAACUUCUCCGAAACACAACGAUCAACACUUUAAUUAUGUCAAACAAUAAGAUUCGGCAUAUUCCUAGCAGAGCUUUUGCAGAUUUAGAAAAUUUACAAUUAAUCGACCUCAGCAGCAGUGGUAUAACUUCAGUAGCCGAUACAGCCUUUGCUGGUCUGAAAACUUUGACUAAUCUCAAACUGAACGAUAAUUUUCUAGAUAAUGUUCCAAAAAACUUGCCAUCUACUUUGGCUAUUCUAUAUCUAAACGGAAACCGAAUCAGCUCUCUCCCAGACGACAUAUUUCGCGAUCUCACCAGCCUUCAAACAUUAUACCUGGGAGCAAACAUUAUUGUGACACUCUACCAGUCUUCCUUUAGCGGGUUGAUCAAUCUGAAAAUAUUGCAUCUCGUCCAAAAUAAGAUCGGUACCUUACCAGGGAGAGUAUUUCAGCCCUUGACGCGUCUGGUAUCUUUGGAGUUGAACGAAAACAACAUAAAGAGCAUUCCUGAUCAGUCCUCCCUAUUCGAAUCAUUGAACGCACUUCAGUAUCUCAAUCUGGCCGACAACGCACUCGUUACAAUGCUCAACUCCUUGUUUAACCAAUUGCCGUCACUCCAACAUUUCCACUUAGAGAACAAUAACAUCGGAAAUGUCAUGGACAUAGACAGGGAGGGGAAACUCUUCGCGGGGCUUCAUAAUCUACAAACUCUUGAUCUGUCUAAUAACCAGAUACAAACAAUCCACGACUCCAGUUUUCGUGAUCUUAUUAAGCUUCAACAGUUAAAUCUCCGUCAGAACCGUGUCUCUGGAUGGGGUCCGCAUCUUUUUAACAAGAUAACCAAACUGUACAAUCUCGAUCUCAGUCACAAUAUGAUAGCAUUGGUUAACAAGACUUCUGUUCAAGAUUUAGGGAAUCUUCUGUCAUUAAAUCUUACGGACAACCCAUUUGCUUGUACCUGUGACCUACGUUGGUUCAGAGACUGGAUAAAUACGACGGACAUCGAUAUUCCUGGGCUGCAUUCAUACAUCUGUAACAGCCCUGUGUCUUGGCGUGGAAAGAAACUCUUGUCAUUUGACCGGACAAAAAUUAACUGUCUAUUCUUCACUUUGCCUGUGCUAUUAGCCAUGGUGGGGGUGGCUGUGGUAGUCGUGAUCUUCAUAAUCAUUUGUCUUUAUCGAAAGAGAUGGUUUAUCCGACUUAGAUGCCAUCAUAUGUGCAGACGUGUUCGAAGAAAACUGAAGGGUCCAGCAAACUAUGAACCAAUCCCGGGCAGGGACCAUACGUAUGAUGCUUAUCUAUCUUGUGCAGAAACUGACUGGAGAUGGGUGCUGGAGAACUUCUUGGAAGGCAUUGAUAAUGGAAAGCUGAACGACGAAAAGCAGUGCGGUGGUGAUUUUAAACUUUAUUUUGAUCAGAGAGAUGCCGCACCUGGGAAGUUAAACAUGGGCGAUGUCGUAGAGAACAUGACAGCAAGCAGAAAGGUAAUAAUCAUCCUAAGUAAUAACUACAUAUCUGACCUAAGGUAUGAGUACGAACUCGAUUAUAUAAUCAUGUUGAAGGCAGAAAGUCAUAUAGAAGAUUACAUCGUCGUGGCAAGUGAGUAUCUGAAAGUGAAACGGGUGCCGAAGAUUCUGCACCCGAUAAUGAGGAGCGAGAGGUACCUCCAGUGGGACGAUGGUGAUGAUGCAGUACAGACAAUUAAGGGGAAAGUGAAGGACUUCUUGGAGAAGCGUGAUUACAUUGGGGUCCUUAUCUACCGUAAGGAUUCUAAAGUGGUAGUUGAGAAGAUCGUGUCACCACAGAUACCCUUGUCCGCGACCAGACGACAAAGAUCUGCUUCGGUGCAAAUCAUGGAGAUGCGAGCUUCAACUUACCUUAUCAUCGUCUGUUUGGCAUUCGUCAAGUGGGGUUGUGUAGUGGGAAUCCAAUUCAACAAGUACUGUCCAAAAGAAUUACCCACAAAAUGUUUCUGCAAUAAAGCUCUUACCAGCGUUAAUUGCGAGGGAUUGCAUCUAUAUGAUAUACCAGCUGGCAUACCCAAUUCUACCGAAAAACUGUAUCUGACCCAUAACUUAAUAGACGUACUAAAUAGCCAACACUUUGGUUUUCUGCCAAAUCUCAAGGAGCUAUAUCUCCAAAACAACAAGAUUAUAAAGCUCCAACAGUAUGCCUUUCAUGGACAGUAUACUCCCAAUAUAAAUUUGGUUCGUUUGGACAACAAUGUCAUCACUUCUCUGGACAGGUGGUCGUUCUAUAACCUAACAAGUCUCGAGACGCUAUACCUCGGAAAUAAUUACAUCAAUGUAAUUGAUGAGAACGCUUUUGUCGGAUGCAACAGUGUCGCGUUUGUUGUUCUGGACAGUAACAAACUGACGAAGGUUCCCCCACUGGGGGCACUUCGCGGACUACAAAGUCUUUAUAUCCAAGCCAACGUCAUCAACAAUGCCACUAUUCCUGUCCAGUACAGGAAUCUCACUCAACUGAAGAACAUUGGUCUCAGCAACAACUUCAUCACUACCCUAGAAAACAAAACGUUUGAAGCUUUGGACACAACAAGCGUCAUCAAGCUAGAAUUGUCAAGAAACAACAUCAACAAUAUAUCUCGCCAUGCUUUUGCUCCACUGAAUAAUAUUCAGUCUCUGAAGCUAGGCAGAAAUCCAAUAACCGCUUCAGUACUUGAAAGUGCACUCGUUGGUCUGCAAGGAAAACCUCUUCGUUCCUUGAAUAUCGCUAACUUGACACUGGGAGGAUUUAUCCCCAAUGCAACUUUCCAACUUCUCCGAAACACAACGAUCAACACUUUAAUUAUGUCAAACAAUAAGAUUCGGCAUAUUCCUAGCAGAGCUUUUGCAGAUUUAGAAAAUUUACAAUUAAUCGACCUCAGCAGCAGUGGUAUAACUUCAGUAGCCGAUACAGCCUUUGCUGGUCUGAAAACUUUGACUAAUCUCAAACUGAACGAUAAUUUUCUAGAUAAUGUUCCAAAAAACUUGCCAUCUACUUUGGCUAUUCUAUAUCUAAACGGAAACCGAAUCAGCUCUCUCCCAGACGACAUAUUUCGCGAUCUCACCAGCCUUCAAACAUUAUACCUGGGAGCAAACAUUAUUGUGACACUCUACCAGUCUUCCUUUAGCGGGUUGAUCAAUCUGAAAAUAUUGCAUCUCGUCCAAAAUAAGAUCGGUACCUUACCAGGGAAAGUAUUUCAGCCCUUGACGCGUCUGGUAUCUUUGGAGUUGAACAAAAACAACAUAAAGAGCAUUCCUAAUCAGUCCUCCCUAUUCGACUCAUUGAACGCUCUUCAGUAUCUCAAUCUGGCCGACAACGCGCUCGGUAAGAUGCCCAGCACCUUGUUUAACCAAUUGCCGUCACUCCAACAUUUCCACUUAGAGAACAAUAACAUCGGAAAUGUCAUGGACAUAGACAGGGAGGGGAAACUCUUCGCGGGGCUUCAUAAUCUACAAACUCUUGAUCUGUCCAAUAACCAGAUACAAACAAUCCACGACUCCAGUUUUCGUGAUCUUAUUAAGCUUCAACAGUUAAAUAUCUGUCAGAACCGUGUCUCUGGAUGGGGUCCCCAUCUUUUUAACAAGAUGACCAAACUGUACAUUCUCGAUCUCAGUCACAAUAUGAUAGCAUUGGUUAACAAGACUUCUGUUCAUGAUUUAGGGAAUCUUAUGGCACUAAAUCUUACGGACAACCCAUUUGCUUGUACCUGUGAUCUACGUUGGUUCAGAGACUGGGUAAAUACGACGGACAUAGCCAUUCCUGGGCUACAUUCAUACAUCUGUAACAGCCCUGUGUCUUGGCGUGGAAAGAAACUCUUGUCAUUUGACCGGACAAAAAUUAACUGUCUAUUCUUCACUUUGCCUGUGCUAUUAGCCAUGGUGGGGGUGGCUGUGGUAGUCGUGAUCUUCAUAAUCAUUUGCCUGUAUCGAAAGAGAUGGUUUAUCCGACUUAGAUGCCAUCGUAUGUGCAGACGUGUUCGAAGAAAGGUGAAGGAUCCAGCAAACUAUGAACCCAUCCCGGGCAGGGACCAUACGUAUGAUGCUUAUCUAUCUUGUGCAGAAACUGACUGGAAAUGGGUGCUGGAGAACUUCUUGGAAGGCAUUGAUAAUGGAAAGCUCAGCGACGAAAAGCAGUUCGGUGGUGAUUUUAAACUUUAUUUCGAUCAGAGAGAUGCCGCACCUGGGAAGUCAUACAUAGCCAAUGUCGUAGACAAUAUGGAAGCAAGCAGAAAGGUCAUAAUCAUCCUAAGUAAUAACUACGUAUCUGACCCACGGUAUGAGUGCGAACUAGAUUAUGUUGUCAUGUUGAAGGCGAAAGGGGUAAUAGAAGAUUACAUCGUCGUGGCAAGUGAGUAUCUGAAAGUGAAACGGGUGCCGAAGAUUCUGCACCCGAUGAUGAGGAGCGAGAGGUACCUCCAGUGGGACGAUGGUGAUGAUGCAGUACAGACAAUUAAGGGGAAAGUGAAGGACUUCUUGGAGAAGCGUGAUUACUAUCCCUAGUUUAAUAACAGGAUUAUAGAUCAAACGUAGAAUGAUUACAUAUAAACACUGGCAAAACUUAUCGGUUCAAAGCGUCCUUCAUUCGUCGUCCAUAAACAAUCUUUGUUGUAGCUAUAUCUUGAGAAGUACUGAAAGGAAACUUAGUGAAAAAAAUAGCUUUAAUGUGUCAGAUCCGUUAUCCAUGUAAAAUAUUAAGUCGAUUUGGCCUAUUUAGAAAAAGGGUAUUUCAUGUUACGUCUGUAUAGCUGUACAGAUUUUUUUAAAUUCUGAGUUCAAAAGAAGUAGCAUAAAAAAGUUUCCCCUAGUUUCCAUGUAAUACAUAUUCAAAUGUUCGAAUUUUAGAUUGAUAAGAAAAAAAUCCACUAAGCAACUAUCUUGGAUUUUCACAUUUGAAAAUUCUGAUGACAGGAGGAGGAUGUCCCUCGCUAUACUUAAUUGUGUAUGUUUAAUUCAGAGACUAAUUGAAACACAAAGAACCAAUCAAGAUCAUUUAACAUUGGGUGCCAAGAUCCCUCUGGGGUUGUUUGUAUGAAUAUAAUCGAGUCUAAUUGUACCAUUCAGAUCUAUCAGAGUUACUAUAGCGAUACCUUGACAGAGGAUUUGGGGAAGAAUAGAUCGUAUCAAAGGGAAACAGUUUGAUCACGCGUCACGUAUACGAUUUGGACACUAAAACAUAUACAAACGAAAUUGGUUAACAAAUCGAUAAUAUUUUACUUUGUUCUUCAGAUUUCUAUAAUCACAAUGGCUGUUGGAGAUUUCCAAACACAUCACGUAGUCAAGUCGUUUUUGUCAUUUCAUCAUCUCCGUGAUACCAUCCUUCCUUUGAUACCAUCAUCUCCGUGAUACAUUCUUUCUUUGAUACCAUCAUCUCCGUGAAAAACAUUCUUUCUUUGAUACCAUCAUCCCCGUGAUACAUCCUUUCUUUGAUACCAUUCUUUCUUUGAUACCAUCAUCCCCGUGAUACCAUCCUCUCCGUGAUACUAUCCUCUCCGUGAUACCAUCCUUUUUUUGAUACCAUCAUCUCCGUUAUACAUUCUUUCUUUGAUACCAUCAUCCCCGUGAUACAUCCUUUCUUUGAUACCAUUCUUUCUUUGAUACCAUCAUCCCCGUGAUACCAUCCUUCCUUUGAUACCAUCAUCUCCGUGAUACCAUCCUUUCUUUGAUACCAUCAUCUCCGUGAUACCAUCAUCUCCGUGAUACCAUCCUUUCUUUGAUACCAUCAUCUCCGUGAUACCAUCAUCUCCGUGAUACCAUCUUUUUUUUGAUACCAUCAUCUCCGUUAUACAUUCUUUCUUUGAUACCAUCAUCCCCGUGAUACAUCCUUUCUUUGAUACCAUUCUUUCUUUGAUACCAUCCUCUCCGUGAUACCAUCCUUUCUUUGAUACCAUCAUCUCCGUGAUACCAUCAUCUCCGUGAUACCAUCAUCUCCGUGAUACCAUCCUUUCUUUGAUACCAUCAUCUCCGUGAUACCAUCAUCUCCGUGAUACCAUCCUUUCUUUGAUACCAUCAUCUCCGUGAUACCAUCCUUUCUUUGAUACCAUCAUCUCCGUGAUACCAUCCUUUCUUUGAUACCAUCAUCCCCGUGAUACCAUCCUUUCUUUGAUACCAUCAUCUCCGUGAUACCAUCAUCCCCGUGAUACCAUCAUCUCAGUGAUACCAUCAUCUCCGUGAUACCAUCCUCUCUUUGAUACCAUCAUCCCCGUGAUACCAUCAUCUCCGUGAUAUCAUUAGACGCGGUGACUUAGUUAUAUUCCAGUGUAAAUCGUUAAGUAAUUAUCAAUAGUUAUAGGACUUAGUUUUAGAUAUAGAUUAUUGAAAAUAUACUUUUAUGCAUUUUCAAUUUAUGAUCUCGAUAUCCGUCAUAUUUCGUCGGAGACGUGAACUUUAAACAUGAAUGUAUCAUGUAUUUUUGUCAUAAUAAUAAUUUGCUAUUUUGCUAUAAGAUACAGAAGAAAGUAACAUCCCAGGUUCAAUUAUUUUGGUUGAUUUCGAAAAGUAUUCGACUCAGUGUCAUGGCAGUUCAUAGAAAAAGCAAUUGAUUUUUUUUUUUUUUUUUUUAAAUUUUGGACCAAGUAUAAAACAGUUGAUUAAAACUCUUACAAAACAUACAUCUUCAGCUAUAUUGCAAAAUGGCUUCCUUUCAAACUUUGUUACAUUGUAUAGAGGCUGCAGGCAAGGGGACCCUGUAUCUCCAUAUAUCUUCCUCAUUGUUAUAUUUUAUAUAUAUACAGUGUUGAGAUUUAUAUCUGGUCAUGGAUUUACUUAAUUCUAGCCAAUAUAUUUGCAUUUGUUUAUUUUAUUAUAUGUGCAUGGAUACUUUUUUUUCCAGAAAACUUUGCUAUUUAUCAUUUAUUGAUCAUCUUCGAUGUUAUUGAUAGACUGGGUGAGAGGAGUGUAAGUUGUUUGUGUUAUUGUUAUGUGGUAAUGUUGAUGUGAGAGAGUACGAGAUGUGUAACAUGUGUCGUGUGGCGAGUGAGAGCCCCCC